UCUAUCUCCUUUUCUUAGAGAGGGACCACUCACCAUUUCCUCCACACACCAAAGAUGACAGCUCCAUCAAACCUAACCCAUGCAGCACCACAGCAACAACGCUUUUUGGUGUUGUUCGACUUUGAUGAGACCAUCAUCAAUGAGAGCAGUGAUGACGCUGUGGUACGUGCUCUGCCAGGCCAGCAGCUUCCUGACUGGCUGAAAAACAGCUACAGGGAGGGGCACUACAACGAGCACAUGCAGAAGGUCUUGGUUUAUAUGGCGGAGCAGGGUGUGUCUAAGGAUUCCAUCCAGUCAGCGGUGGAGAAGAUCCCACCCACACCUGGCCUCCUGAACCUCUUCCAGUAUCUGCAGAACCACCAGCAGGACUUUGAGCUGGCGGUGGCCUCCGACGCCAACAUGUAUUUCAUCGAGACGUGGUUGGAGCGCGCCGGGGUGCGUCACCUUUUCCGGAAGAUUUUCACAAACCCGGCCAGUUUUGAUGCGACUGGCCGUCUUGUGCUGCUCCCUUUCCACUCCCACUCGUGCUCCUGUUGUCCUGACAACAUGUGCAAGCAGGUGAUCCUUCGGGAGUAUUUGGCAGGCCGGCAAAAGGAGCGCGGUGGUGCUCCCUUCCAGAGGGUAUUCUAUAUAGGAGAUGGGGCCAAUGAUAUCUGUCCCUCUUUGGCUCUGGGGCCCCGGGACACAGCCUUCCCCAGGAGGGACUUCCCCAUGCACAGGCUGUUGCUGGCCCAGGAGGCAAAGUUCAAAGCAAACAUAGUUCCUUGGGUCAGUGGUGAGGACAUAGUGGACUGCCUGAAGAAAAUAAUGGAGGAGAGAUGAGAUCAGCGUGUUUGUAUUACACUGUGUGUGUGUGUGUGUGAGAGAGAGAGAGAGAGAAAGAGGGGGGCAAAUAUAGCAAAAGUAUACCAACCCCAGUCCUAGUGAGCAGAAUAUGCAUGAUUUUACCCCAGCCACACUUGGUUCAACCUGUUAAGAUGUAGCUGAAUAGUGUCUAUUUGAAUCACCUGUUUUAAAAGAAUAAGUUUUGGAAAUACUUUCUUGUGGAGAGUUAGAUAUGGAAAAUUGAAUUCACUGUGAUGUUUGUACAGUAAAUAUGUGGCUGGAGCCAGCAGCAAAUUAUCUUAGCUUAGCAUACAGAAUGGAAAAUUUUUUUGGGAUUACACAAUUGAGAUAUGUUAAUUAGGGAGUUUCAGAGACAGUGAAAGGUGAAUUUUUUGACCUUUGGACAUCGUCAGGCUAGCUGUUCCUUUUGUUAUCAGUCUAAAUGCUAAGCUAACAUAACCAGCAGUAUAUUUACCACAACAGAUGAGAGAGUGGAAUCUUUUCAUCUAACUCGUGGCAAGAGAGCAAAUUUCCCAAAAUGUCAAACUAUUCUUUUAAUACUAGCCUGGUAUAAAAGCCAAUUUUUAUUCAUAGAUUUAAAGUGUGUAUGCAGUAUCAGAAAUUGACUCUCAUUGGAAUGCAAAUAAACAAGCUCACUGGUCAAGAUUAUCAUGAUCAAUAAUGAAGAUAUGCAGCAUUGAUGAUGUACUAAGUUCUGUUUUUUUGAGUGUGAUCAAGAUGCUUAAGAUCUCAACCAAAGUUGUGUCUAGUGAUCUCCGGCGUGCACUACAUCCAAUCAGCACUCAGCUCAUUUAACACACCAUACCCCUCAAUGUGAAUGCAAUUUACUUUACAUUUGAAUAUCUCACUCUAUGUGACAUUAUUGAGCAAUCUUAGCUGUGAAAUGUUUUUGUCCCAGCUACUGUUAGACUGUAGAGAUUUUAGUGACCAAGAAAAACAGCUUAAAAAGUAAUCCAUUUAUGGGGGUCUCUGUGCUGACAGGCUUCUUUUUAGAACACUUAACGCUGCAUUCAAGGCCCUCGACGAUGGACACAUAAGUAGGAUCAGGUCUUAUAGCACUACUUGAGACAAAAGACCACACAUGUCGUGUCAGGCAGGGACAAGUACGGCAUAGAACGAGGAUAAGGUGACAGUAUCUGUGCUCUCUCCACCACUCAUUACUGAUACCUAAUCUAGGGCUUGAUUAUACAAUGGUAACCAACACCAGCAUGAGAUCUAAAGGGAUCCCUGUAGCCAUUCGCCUGUACUUUGGCCCAGCAUUACACCCUGUGACUCUGAAACAAUGGAAAUAGUGUAAUGCACAGUAUCAAUUGAAGAUUUUAAAUUCUAUUUCUGUAGUCAUUAGCUAGCACUGUACUUCCAAUGAAUAUUAGUAUGUAGGUCGGGGAGGAUUUAUAUUCUUUGAAAAGUCCAAUACUGUCUUUAUGUUUGAAUGCAUUACCAGUAAACUGCAGUGUUAUGAGUGAAUGAUUAUGAGGGUUUUAUCCUCUUUUAUAAUCCUCUGUAUAUUUGCAUAACCUAACAUAACCUCAUUUUGACUCACUAAAUUCACGACAGUGACUAGAAAAUGUAUUUUAAAUGAUCAAUAGGAGCUUAUGUAUGGAUUGAAAUGGUUUACAGGGACAUUCAUAUUCUGUUUAACUUCAGAAAAAUGUGAAAUAUGUCUUCAAUCUUGUAAGUGAAACUUUUUGUCUUGCCAUUCAAUAAGCUGUCCGAUACAAAUGGGGCAUGUAUACUGUAUGUUGAUCUUUGAAGCCUGUUUAAGGUUUCCAUGUUAGUAUGCACACUCACUGAACAAAGGUCCUGUCUAGUAACUUUAGGCCAGAGUUAGUAUCAAUACAUGAGUGUAUAUUUGCAUUAAUUUUGUAUUUCAAAUAUUACAAAUAAUUAAUCCAUAUACUGUACAUCUUUUUCAAGCCAUUACAGUGAAAAUAAGAAAGUUGAAAGAUUUAAAGAUGAAGUACUUCUAGCCUUAAAAAACAAAAUUAUUCUGUAUAAGUGCUGGAAAUGUCGUCUAACCAGUGUUUUAGUUUCUCAGGGAGUAGAGAAAAAAAGUUUUAACAAGUAUAAUAAUAUAUGUUUAUAAAGAUCUGCUGCUCUAAGAACAAAAUGAGUGAUUCAAAAAGUAUAGAUGUUUAUGAGACAUAAUCAAUGCAGCUGGAGUUUGAUCCUGAAAUAGUUUGAGAUCAAAACCUAAUCCUUUAUUUGUGAUUAGGAGGCUAAAGUUCUGUGAGCUUUACUUCUUCUGAUGCUAGAGGUAGGGGUAUUUUGAUUUGCUUUAACUGUCUGUGUAUUUGUAAAACUUCCAUGGAGUUUGUGCAAUAAUUAAACGAUGAAUACUUGAUAUGAUGUAAAAAAGAUUUAUGGUCAAACAGAAAGAAAAACUUGACAUUUUCAGGGAUGUGAAUUGACCCCAGAUCACCAAACUAAAGUGUUUUUAAUCAAACUUUAAAAUGGUAAUAUGGCUUCACAACAACCAAAUAAAAGUAUGUGUUGUAUGGACUCUGCUCAGCUAAUGUGCUGCUUUUUUUUCUUCUUUUUUUGUGGUUUGCUGUGACUUGGGUGUGUGUUUUUAAUCCAAGAUCAAUUUAUGUGUGUAAUGCAUCAGUGUAACAGGAAUAUAAAGCCAUUAUCUGAUUAA